CUAGGUUUGGGAAGUUUACUGUUAUUAUCCCUUUAAACUUUUUACUCCUAUCUCUUUCUCUACCUCCUCUUUAAGGCCAAUAACUCUUAGAUUUGCCCCUUUGGGGCUGUUUUCUAGAUCUCAUAGAUGUGCUUCAUUCUUUUUUAUUAUUUUUUCUUUUGUCCCUUCUGAUUGUAUAUUUUCAUUUUUUAUUUAUUUUUUUAUUUGACUAUUUUCAAAUAGCCUGUCUUCAAGCUAAUUCUUUCUUCUGCUUAGUCUAUUCUGUUAAGAGACUCUGAUGUACUCUUCAGUAUAUCAAUUACAUUUUUCACCCUGAGAAUUUCUUCUUGAUUCUUUUAAAUUAUUUCAAUCCCUUUGUUAAAUGUAUCUGAUAGGAUUCUGAAUUCCUUCUCUGUGUUAUCUUGAAUUUCUUUGAGUUUCCUCAACACAGCUACUUGGUCUCUUUAAAUCUAUUUUCUAUCUUUAUGCAUUCUUCUUUCUUCCCUGGAAGGAUACUAUUAUGAGCUUUCAUACCCUUCAGCUAGUUACUUCUCUCUUUCUUCUUUCCUUUGGGCCCAGGGAUGGUGCCAGCUACACUGCUGCCAGCCUCAGGCUCCUGCACUAUCCAUUUUUGGUUCCGUCACACCCUAUCCACCAUAAGUCGUUCCUUUGUAAAUAAACCCUCCUCUAAUUAUUCUAAUUUAAGUGUUCCAACUGUUUUAUAUUGAGUCCUUGACUGAUAUGGGAAAAUUGGCAGAAUAUGAAUCUCCUAGUACCAUCACUGAGGUGUAGAAUACUGAAAGUUAUUAUGGAAGAGUUCUGAGAUCUUAGCAGUAUAGAGCAUUGCACAGUCUUAUUCCUCCAUUAUGGAGAAGAAGGGGCUAUUUGGCAUGUAUUUUCUGAAUUUGGGGGCAUAUUUUAAUAUAGCAACUCAUGUUUGCUACUGUUUGAAUGAAGAAAUUUCACUGAGCAUUUUUUAAUGAGACACUGGUCAAGAGUGCCAAGCCUGAAAUAAUCAUAAUGUAUUGUGCCUUAGAAGAAGAUGGAGGCCAUUUUCAACUCAUUUUACUUCUCUGCAGCCCUUAAAGGGUAAACAAGAGCGUGUCAGGGAUUCCUGUGGCUCCAUAUGAAGGGUCGUGGAGACUAGCAGAAGGGCAGAAACCAUCAGACUGCAGUUUUUCCAGGCUAAACAAUGGAACAUCCAACCUGAAAAUGACAUUGGGAUAGUGUCCCGAUGAAAUACGGAUUUCAUUCUAGAAGGAGUUCUUUUGCUGGCAAAGGUAGGCAUGAAGCUGAACAUUGCUCCAAGAAAACCAAACAUUGCUUAUAAGAACCAUAUAACGUUCACACAGGUAGCCAGUAGCAGAUGGCAGAGAUACAUUUGACUACUUACUAAGUGGUUUCUUCAUUCUCUCUUUGCUUCCUUCAUAGGAGAUGUAUGAGAAUAUGAGACUCAAAGAGAGAAAAAAAGGGAAAGUUCAUUUUUAAAAAAAAAGAUAAAAAGAUAAGCCCUCUCCUUUACUGUAAGCCUCUAGGUUCAAAAACAGGUUUAGCUUGAGUUAGGACAGGUGGAGAGGAACAUAGUUUAGGAAAGGAGGCUGGAGGCAAGGAGAUGAGUCUAGAAUGGACUUUGAUAUGGAAGCUAUAAAAGAAGCAAUCUUGAAUAUUGAAACAAGAGUAUACUAUUAAACAAGAAUGAUUGGAAAAUUGUGGACUUGGCCACGAAACUGUUAAGCAAACCGCUACUCAGGAGAAAGGAAGAGUUAUUAGAAAAGGAACACAAGUUCAUGUUUAUACUUCAACUCUUGAGACUCACUGCAAUUCCCUUCUGAUAGGAAUUUUUUUUUGUCUUAUAUAUGGUAGAGUUAAUUGUUCUAGAAACCUACUUCAAGCUAACUUAAGCAACAAAGUGGGAUUUAUUGGAAAGCCGCUUGGGUGUCUCACAGAACCCAAGGAAGAGAAUUGAGCUGGAUUUCACAGGACCUGGAAAAUCCUCAGAAACUCAAUUGUUCUCUCUCUUCUCUCUCCAGUCAGAACCUUCAGGAAGGGAAGAGUGGCUCAUGGGCUGAGUGGAUAAACCACAAAAUGGGUAAUAUACUAUAGGUGAGUUUUAAGUGACAAAUGAAGUCUAAGCUGUUAUUGCACUGGUCGGUGACUGAAACUGAAAAUGGGAAUUAGAGGUUAAGUGGAGGGAAUAUGUUGCCAAAAUGUUAGAAGGAUCUUCUUCAAAGAGAAGUUGAGGCUGUAGAGGAUAAUGGUAGGGCACAGAGUGGAGGUGAAGCUUGUGAGGGGUGGGGGUCAAUGGGGAGGAUAGGAGAGCAUUCCUGAUUUUGAGGAGGAAGGAUAGAGGGUUUUAUCGGUGAAUGACGUGAGUAAGUGUCAUGACCACUCAUAUUCUCAGGAUUCUUGAGUAUUGGGAGAUGUGACUGCAGUGGACAGGGCAGUGUCAGAGAGACUAGAUUUUAUAAUAGAAGCUUUUAAAUUACCUACCCAUCACCAACUUAUCAGGAGACUGACACUGUCCAUCUCCUCCAAAAACAAAACUGACAUGCCCGGCACUUUGAUGUCCACCAGUUGAGCUUUAUGUUUAUCAAGAAUAGUUGUGUAAACUUCCAAAACUGUUUAUGGCAGGCACGGUGGCUCACGCCUGUAAUCCCAGCACUUUGGGAGGGCGAUGUGGGUAGAUGACUUGAGGUCAGGAGUUUGAGACCAGCCUGGCCAACGUGGUGAAACCCCAUCUCUACUAAAAAUACAAAAAAGAAAUUAGCCAGGCGUGGUAGCGGGCGCCUGUAAUCCCAGCUACUCAGGAGGCUGAAGUAUGAGAAUCGCUUGAACCCAGGAGGCGGAGGUGGCAGUGAGCCGAGAUCAUGCCACUGCACUCCAGCCUGGGUAACAGAGCAAGGCUGUCUCAAAAGAAAAAAAAAACUGUUUAUAUCAGUUAUAUUUGUUAUUGUAAUGAUGAAAUUUAUAGACAAACUAAUGAAAUAGGAGUAUAAACAUACAGGUAUUUUUUAAAAAUAAGUUGAAUAUUUUAUGACUACAUAAACAAUAAUCUUUUAAAAGUCACUGUCAAUUUGAUGACUAGGAGUCAGCCAUACAACUAUAAAAGGUUUUGAGAAAACUGUAAAGAUCUAAAUAGAGGCUGCAUUUAGUUUUUUUCCCCACAAGAACCUUUAGGUUCUAGACAUUUAUUUCAAAUAAAUGUCAACUCAUCUGGAUGUAGCUUAUGCAAGAAAGACCUAGAAGAGCUCUUAUUAUGGACCCCCAUUCAAUGAAAACACAAUGGCCCUUUAUUUCUCUUUCAACAUGAGGAGGUGGAAGGGCUGUUCAAGCCCUUCUGUUCACGAUAGCACAGGAGGUCCAGGAAAGAGGCGAGCCGUGGGUGAGCAGGAGUGUCUGGGGAGUGUCAACUUUCCAUUGAAAAAUACCCCUGUGAUCAAGCCAUUUCACUUCCGUGGCAAUCUUAUUUAUGUAUUCACCAAAAUUGGGUGGGAGCUAGUGUUUAGCUGUCAUCGUCCGUAGGCUGCUGUGUUUGGCUCAUGGCAGGGUGUGAAACUGGCAUCAGGGAGUGUUUGCCAAGUGAAUAAGUGUGGGGCUGCCCUUUCCAGAGCCGCCGGGAGAAACUCUGGAUACAGAGACCCUAGCCUGGCGCCAGUCUCAGCGUUCCUCCUAGUCGGGGAGGAAUCUGUGGGUGAGAGGUGGGGAGCCUGAAACCCAAAUACAACAGCCACUCUGGACUGGGCGUGGUUCCCUGGGAGCUGGGUCUCAGAUCCUUUUAAAGCUGAUUUCUCCCCGGAUCUCCCCGGAGGUCCGGGCAAGAUGGGCAAGUACACGGUCCGCGUGGCCACCGGGGAUUUGCUCCUGGCGGGCUCUCCCAACCUGGUGCAGCUGUGGCUGGUGGGCGAGCACGGGGAGGCAGACCUAGGGAAGCAGCUGCCACCGGUGUGGGGAAAGGAGGCAGAGUUUGAGAUCGACGUCCCCCUGCACCUGGGGCGCCUCCUGAUGGUGAAGCUGCGCAAACACAACGUGCUGUUGAGUCUCGACUGGUUCUGCAAGUGGAUCUCAGUGCAGGGCCCGGGGACCCAAGGCGAGGCCUUUUACCUCUACCGCUGGGUGCAGGGCCACGGACUUAUCUGCCUGCCUGAGGGUACUGCCCGGACCAUGAGUGAUGACCCCCAGAACCUGUUUAAGAAAUAUCGGGAACAGGAGCUCAAGGAAAGAAGGAAGGUGUACCGGUGGGGCUUCUGGAAAGAUGGGUUAAUCCUGCCUAUAGCAGGGAAUAGGCAACCGGACCUUCCUAGGGACGAGCGAUUCCUCGAGGAUAAGGAUUUAGACUUUAAUGUCUCCCUAGCAAAAGGGUUGAAGGACUUGGCCAUUAAGGGGACACUGGAUUUCAUAAAUUGUGUGAAAAGGCUGGAAGAUUUCAAAAAAAUAUUCCCACAUGGAAAGACUGUCCUGGCUGAGCGGGUUUAUGAUUCUUGGAAGAAUGAUGCCUUCUUUGGGUACCAGUUUCUCAGUGGUGCAAACCCCAUGCUCCUGAGGCAUUCUUCAAGGCUCCCAGCCUGCCUGGUGCUGCCUCCAGGGAUGGAAGACUUGAACACCCAGCUGGAGAAAGAACUCCAGGCUGGAUCUCUGUUUGAAGUGGAUUUCUCCUUGCUGGAUGGAGUCAAGCCUAAUGUCAUCAUUUUUAAGCAGCAAUACGUGGCAGCCCCUUUGGUCAUGCUGAAGCUUCAGCCUGUUGGAGGACUCUUACCCAUGGUCAUCCAGCUCCAGCCACCUUGACACGGAUGUCCCCCACCUCUGCUCUUUCUGCCCUCGGAUCCCCCCAUGGCCUGGCUCCUGGCCAAGACCUGGGUCCGGAGCUCUGAUUUCCAGCUGCAGCAGUUACAGUCACAUCUGCUGAGGGGACACUUGAUUGCUGAGGUUAUUGCUGUGGCUACAAUGAGAAGCUUGCCUAGCCUCCAUCCUAUCUACAAGCUCCUGAUCCCCCACUUCCGCUACACCAUGGUGAUCAACACCCUGGCCCAGAGUAGUCUUGUCUCCGAAUGGGGAAUUUUUGACCUGGUGGUGAGCACUGGUAUUGGAGGCCACGUGGACAUUCUUCAGAGAGCCAUGGCUUGUUUGACCUAUCAUUCCCUCUGUCCUCCUGAUGACCUGGCUGACCGUGGGCUCCUGGAUGUGAAAUCAUCUUUUUAUGGCCAAGAUGCCAUCAGGCUGUGGGGAAUCAUCAGCCGGUACGUGGAGGGGAUGGUUGGGCUUUUCUACAAGAGUGACCAAGCCGUGAAGGAUGAUCUAGAGCUGCAGGCCUGGUGCAGAGAGAUGACUGAGACUGGACUGCAGAGGGCCCAAGACCAGGGGUUCCUCAUCUCCUUAGAGUCCCGGGCUCAGCUCUGGCACUUUGUCACCAUGUGCAUCUUCACAUGCACAGGUCAGCAUGCUUCUAACCACCUGGGCCAGCUGGACUGGUACUCCUGGAUCCCUAAUGGCCCAUGCACCACGCGGAAGCCCCCGCCCAUCUCUAAGGAUGUGACAGAGAAGGAUAUAGUGGACUCACUGCCCGAUCUCCACCAGGCACGUAUGCAAAAGACCUUCACAAAGUUCCUUGGCAGACGCCAGCCUGUCAUGGUGGUCCUGGGGCAGCAUGAGGAGAAAUAUUUCUCUGGCCCUGAGCCCCAAGCUGUGCUGAGACAAUUCCAGGAGGAACUGGCUGCCAUGGACAAGGAGAUUGAGGUCCAGAAUGCAGUCCUGGACCUGCCCUGUGAGUACCUUCAACCCAGCAUGGUAGAGAAUAGCGUGACCAUCUGAGAGGCCUUGCCCGCCUCAGCUCCAAAGCUCCACCAUCCCUGAGUGCCUUUGAGUAUUCCAUCCUCCUCACAUCCUCUGGUGAACAAAUUGUCCCCAAAGCUUUGUGGUCAGGGUAUCCAGAGCUGCUCACCACACAACUAUGGGGAAUACACAGUGAUGGUCCCCAUUGCAUUUGGAAGUGGCAUCCCCCAAAGCUGCCCUACCUUAAAUGUCCAUCCAGUCCUGCACUUCCUCACCCCGAUCCCUGCACACCUCCUCAUUGCCAAAGGACCUGGCUUAGAUACAAGUAAAAAUAUAUGAUUAAAUAACAAAA